ACUACAAAUCCCAGCGUACCCGGCAACUCGCGGGGUCAGAAACAGACAGACCUGUACCCCUCCGAGAUAGGAAAUUUAGGGAUCCAGGGAACCACGGACAGUCAGUUCCCCACUCCUCGUACUGGGUUUCGUUGGUUUCCCGAUCAGAGAUUACAGGAGAGAAAUCUGAUUAUGGGGAGCAUCAAAGGUCAGGACAAGUAGAAUCAGGGAUAAGAGAUCAAUCAGAGCAUCAGCAGUAAAGGAGGGGCCCAGGGAGAGAUCGGGGCAAAGCGGGGGGAGGUCAGGGAGAGGUUAAAGGGGAGAAUUAGGGCGAGAUCAGGGCAGGAGGCCUUUCGGGCUAAGAGAUCAGCUCUCGGAAGCGGUGGGGAGAUCAGUCACUCAAGAGGAUGCUUGUGGCAGCAGCAGCGGAGCGGAACAAGGACCCCAUUCUCCGGGUCCUGCAGCAGUUCAUAGAUCCUGCCCAGGCCAAUUUCCAGGUCCUGGAGAUAGCGUCGGGUUCAGGUCAGCAUGUGGCCCAUUUCUCGAAGGCUUUUCCCAAGGCAGUGUGGCAGCCCACAGAGGUGGACCAGGAGAGCCUCGACAGCAUUUCAGCUCUCAUCAAGAACUGGCAGCUUCAGAACGUGAGGCCACCCAUAUUCCUGGAUGCUUCCUGCAGCUGGGAAAAAUGGGGAGGGAUCCAGCCUAGGUCUUUGGACCUGGUGCUCUGUAUUAAUAUGAUUCACAUCAGCCCCGUGAGCUGCAUGGAGGGAUUAUUCAAAGGGGCUGGACAGCUGCUGAAACCUAAUGGCUUGCUGAUCACCUAUGGGGCUUAUGCCAUCAAUGGGACGAUCACCCCACAGAGCAAUGUGGACUUUGACCUCAGCCUCAGACGCAGGAACCCAGCCUGGGGGCUCCGGGAGGUAUCCGUUUUGCAGCGGCUUGCUCAAGCCAGUGGCCUGUACCUGGAGAAAAUGAUUGACAUGCCAGCCAACAACAAAUGCCUGAUUUUCCGAAAACAGUAGCUUGCUGACCCCCAACUACCACUCCUCACGCAUUUGGGAGGAUUCUGGCUUUUACCACUGUGCUGCCACACAGUUCCAGGGCUUCAGAAAGACCAGGUGUCAGGUCACUACUGGCAGCUGCAAAAUUCAUGUUUCUAUCUGGGCUGAAACUGAUGCUUAACUAGUUAAUAGGCUUCUCCCCUGCCAAUGGGGGAACGUUUCUGAGCACGUCCUAGCUUUUCAGAGGCGUGGCAUGUUUAGGGACGUUUCUUCAGGGUCCUCAAAUGCAGGAACAGAAUUGGGGCUGAAUGUCAAGCACUGGCAGCUCACACCCAGCUCUUGGCUGGCCUCAUUCUCAUGCCUAGGGCUUUCUUCUCCCUCACCCCCCUGCAUGCUUUCUAAGACAUUCUCAUCUUCCUCCAUGCAUGGAGAGAGGCAAGAGUUUGAGUCUGGGGGGGGGCAAGGCUGUUCGUUGUACGUCCUUGCCACCUUGAAUGAAAUCUGUGUUUUUUGGUA